UGGCUCGAGAGAAACGCGCUCUAGAUCCGGCGUUUCGAGAUAGGCGUCCCGGGUGGGUCAGCGCGUCCCGGGUGAACAGCACCGGGGCCGGGCGGUUUCUUUCGCUGAAAAUUCGCCAUGAUUCCGCGCACUGCAAAGGGCGCCAAGGGCAAGUUGAAGGAUGUGAAGCUUGGCAAGGAGAACUUCCUCGAAUGCCCCCGGGGCCGUGUCCAGCUGAGCCGGCAAGAGAAGAAGGACGUGGAGGAGGUCCUGAGGAGUUUGAACCUGGGCGUGCGCUGGGAGCUCGAGGAGAUCGACGACGAAGAGUGCCUGAGGCUGAAGGGCCGCAGGAGCGGAUGCAAGUUUCCCUUCAUCAUCGAUGAGGAGUACACUCCGGAAUGCCCGCCCGGCAAGAUUCCCAAGGAGCCGGACACGGAGAGUUCCAAGGCGGGGGCCAAGCCUUCGACGACCUCCCCGCGGAAGGGGUUCAAGAGCCCGGCGCCGGGAAAGAACGAGGGGGGCUACUCCAAGUUCGACCGCAAGGACUACAUCCCCCCGCCGCCGGUUCCUGCUACAGACGAGGAGCGUGCGGAGCUGGAGGGCAUGGUGGCGCGGCUGCAAGACUACCAGGUGGACGAGCUGAUGGAUCGUUUCCAGGGGCGCACGGACGAGACCACGCAGGAGGUGGUCAUUGACAUCGACCGCAUGAACGUCGACCGGCGCCGACAGUUUCGCGCAGAGAUCGAGCGCCUGCUGAACGAGAAAGACACGGUGGAUACCAGGAGCCACGCCUCCUCGCCCCCCGGAAGCUGAGCGCACAGCGCGCGCAAAGCCCAAAACCGCCCGCACAAGUUGACAAGGCGGCGGCGGCGAGCCUUUCAGCCCAUUUCGGGGGGGGAGUUGGUGUCACCUGACUGGACCCCA